ACCGAGGCCCUUCUACCCUUCCAGCUGUGCUUCUUAUAGGAGGAUGAAGAAUUAAUACACCGAGUUGGAAGAGGGACGGGGUGAAAUUGUGCUUUGGACGGAGAAAUCUGCCUUCCAGGAAAUGCAUCCUGCUUUGAGGUUCUUUGCAGAAUAUCUAUCUACACCCAAAGCUUGACCAAAACUCUGCAACGAGGAGGGGUGAUGCCGAGAGGAAAGAGGGGGGUGGGAAACCCAGUGACAAAAAAAACAACCAUUUCCUAUGCUCCGAGAGAGACAGUUAGGAAACAAAUUAACAAAAUCCCAUGCCAAAAAUAUAUAUAUCCGUAAAACAAAAACUUCCUAUCAGCUGCUGCCUCCCCAUCCCCUGCCUCUGUGACUUGCAUCGCUUGCCCACACGCUCUGAGCUCUCGCUGAGCCUCCAUCAGCUGCCAGGAGAAGCUCCGCUGUCUGCUCCUCAAAUCCACCUUCUCCCUUGAAAUCGAUGAUGGUUUUUCUAUUCCCCUGGACUAUGGAGACUGUUGCUCCUUUGCUUCUUAAGUGACUUCUACUUGACGCCCACUUUAGUUGUGAGGGGGCCACAUCUGGAACACAUCUGUCUUCUUUGGAGCGUGGGAAGAACAGAGCCUGAUCUCCACCAUUCGUUGGGGGCUUCUUUGCUUGGUGGGGUACAGACGGGAAUGCUGUUGCAUCUCCGAGUGCAGGAGGUGGGGGUUGCCUUGCAGGAGUGCGGAUAGAGAGGAGACACAGAAAUUUUCUUGGGAUUUUUGACUUCACGUCUCCCUUUCAUGGGACUUCCAAGCCAGCCGGUCUGGCUGAGCCAUUUCUGGGAGGCUUCCACCUCUCAAAAUGAGCGGAGAUGUCCUCUAGCUGCUCCUGACCCAGUGCGGCGCAGCAGGGAUCGUCCCGUCUAAGUGGAGGUCUGGUGGCUAACGGGCGAUGGGCAUGCAAAAACUAGUGGUUGUAGCUGUGGCAGUAGCGUUAGUAUCGCUCAUUCUCAACAAUGCAGCUGCCUUCACCCCAAACUGGGUCUACCAGACGAUGGAGGAAGGACGCAAGCGCAGCGUUGGUCUCUGGAAGAUGUGUCUGGCUGGAAGGGGAUUAAGCACCAGGCCUGGACAAGGAGAAGAAAGGGUUUGCCAAUCCAUUGGCUGGGGGUCGGAGCCAUCUGGCUUACAAGAAUCCCGGAACACGGUCAAGUUGCAGUUUGACAUGAUGAGGGCAUGCAAUCUGAUUGCUACGGUUGCCCUGACCGCCGGGCAGCUCAUUUUUCUCAUGGGUCUAGUGGAGCUGCCCAUUAACACCCAGGAGUCUCAGUGGUGGGAAGAAGCCAUAGCUGCCGUCUUUCAGCUUGCAAGUUUUGUCCUAGUCAUAGGUUUGGUGACUUUCUACCGAAUUGGACCCCACACAACUCUAUCCUGGUCCUGCUACCUAGAUAUUGGUGCGUGCCUACUGGCAACUUUGGCAGCUGCUAUUCUGAUUUGGAACAUCCUCCACCGGCGGGAGGACUGCAUGGCUCCCCGAGUCAUUGUCAUCAGCCGUACACUAACUGACCGCUUCCGCAGGGGCCUGGACAACGAUUACGUUGAAUCUCCCUGCUGAUGAAAGCCCAAAGUAAAGAACACCCCGUGGAUACUCCUGUGAUGCAUACGGAUCAACGUCUCUCUCAGCCAGCAAGACAUACCAUCCAUAAGUAUUAUACGCAUACCUACGUAUCACCCCAUUUAUCUACAUACAGAGGGCCUAUUCUACUACUUCAGACUUCCUAAGGACGGAGCUCUCACAAUGUGUUAUGGAUACACUAUGGAGAACCUACGGCUGUGCGUCACCAUGCACAUGGUCACUGUUGCUGCCAGUAAGUGGCCACAGCUUUGAUCUACCUAGUGGCGGACCUUUUCACGAGGCUAUAAAGCGUCAGGAUCCGUCCGAGUCACAAAGAUAAAAAUAUUAACAAGACAAAUUAUCUGGGGAUCCUCCAGUUAUGAGCCCUGCGGGGAAUGAGCAAACUACACCAAAGGUCAUUUUCCUAAUUCUGCAUUCGAGGAUCUGCAUAGGAGAAGAUAUUAGAAUAUAAAGUGACCCACUGUAUAUCCUAUUAAUGUAUGAGAGUAACCUAUAGCAGUAUAUUUUAAUGUUAUUUAUCACCAUUUCCAUUAUAAGUAAAAAAAUAAAGAAAAAAGAAAAAAAGAAAAAAA